AUGCUGCAGGAGAAGGCUUCCGUUGUGACGGAUGAACGCAUGAGCCGGGUCCAGACCGGUGGGGAGACAGAUCUCCUUCCAGACCAGUCACGGCUGGGCCUGUCCACAGCUCCCACUGUUCCCAGCUCCAGUGAGCCUGACCAGAACAUUGAGAACAUUAAGGUGGUUCUUCAUGAGAGGGAGCUGUGGAAGAAGUUCCAUGAGGCCGGCACCGAGAUGAUCAUCACUAAAGCAGGGAGGAGGAUGUUUCCGAGCUACAAGGUAAAAGUGACUGGGAUGAACCCCAAGACCAAAUACAUCCUACUGAUUGACAUUGUUCCAGCUGAUGAUCACCGCUACAAGUUCUGUGACAACAAGUGGAUGGUGGCUGGUAAGGCUGAGCCAGCAAUGCCAGGCAGACUCUAUGUGCACCCUGACUCCCCUGCCACAGGAGCUCACUGGAUGCGGCAGCUGGUAUCGUUUCAGAAGCUGAAGCUAACAAACAAUCACCUGGACCCUUUUGGGCAUAUCAUCCUGAACUCUAUGCACAAGUACCAGCCCAGACUACACAUAGUCAAAGCUGACGAAAACAACGCCUUCGGAUCCAAGAACACUGCCUACUGCACUCAUGUCUUUCAUGAGACAGCCUUCAUCUCUGUAACCUCUUAUCAAAACCACAAGAUCACUCAGCUGAAGAUAGAAAACAAUCCCUUUGCCAAAGGAUUCCGAGGCAGUGAAGAAGGAGAUUUGCGCGUUUCAAGACUACAGGGGAAAGAAUAUCCAGUCAUUUCAAAAAACAUGGUGCGCCAGAGGCUUAUUUCCACACACAGUCACCUGUCAGGAAAACUUGGAGCAGGAGUUCUAACAGGACACCCUCAAGUCCUUUCCUCUUAUCAGUAUGAGACUGGGGUUCCUAUGCCAAACUCAGACUCCCAAGAUCCUAUCUCAAACCACUUCUCUCAGAGCAGAGAUCCCAGCCUUCUGUACCACUGCUUCAAACACAGAGAUAAUGCCCGGCACUUGGAGCUUGGAUGUAAGCGACCAUAUCUGGAGACAUCGUCUGCAGUCUCAGAGGAGCAUUACUUUCGUUCACCUCCCUCUUACGAGUCACCCUUACUGUCUCACCCGUACUGUACCGAGGCCAUCACCUCUAGAGAGGCUUGUAUGUAUGGUAGCAUGGAAACAGAGUCUGGAUCUGGGGCAGGGGACACAGAUGACCUGACCAACGCCCCUUCAAUUAAUUGCAACAUGUGGGCUACAAUGCAGCCCUACCCUCGCUAUAGUGUGGAGGGCGUCCCGUACCAGUCCUUCACUGCUCACUUCACCAAUGCUGCCACGGUUGCACCUGUGGUGCCACAUCCCACAUCAUCAAUGGUGUCCCGACCGCAGGCUGACAUAGGGGUCUACAAUUCAGCUACUGUUCAGCGAGGUCUGCCCGUCAUACCACCAUCAUCCUCCUCUUCUUCAUGCUCUCCGGGUGCUCCGGGAUCCAGAGAUAGGUCAGGCCAUCCACCUCUGUACCACAAGAAGCCAGGGUCACCGCUCCGGCCACACAGAGAUUUCUCAGCCUAUUCCACACAAGGCACUAUAUCUAUCCGGGAUCCAUCCUAUCAGUACCAAGUAGGGCUGAGUAAUGCAGGGAGUCACUGGACUGACAGCUAAUGUGGGCCACUGGAGAAACCAGAUUUGUCCUACCUUGAAAUUAUUCAAGGUUUUCAAAAUCCCACAGUGGGCUGAAAAUGCCAAGCAAUGGUAAUGAACUACAGCCAUGGUCACUGCCAAACUGCACUCUAAACCAUUUACAUCCAUGAUCCCUUCCUGAAUCACUAUUCCAUACAACGCUGGUGAACAGUGGCUGACCUUCUUUACUUAUGCAGUUGUGUAGCAUAUGUACUGUAGGCUGGCUCACUUACACUCAUCUGCAGAUCAUGGGCUUUGACUAGCACUUGAAGUGCAUCAGGGGAGCAUCAGGCUUAAAGGGACGAGAAGCAUUGAAGUUUUUUGUCAACUAUACAGUUAAUGAUAGCCAGCUAACCUGAAAUAAUGACGACAAAAACAAUGAGCGGGAGAACAAAGCCUAAUAGAUAAGGGAAAACUAGCAGCUGCUGAGCUAGCUCUGAUGGGGCCUUACAGUACAUUUAGAUACUGGACAUGGACAACAGAGCACCCCCCGACCCCUUCACUCAGCAAUCAAGCAACAUAUCGACAACACUCCCUUUUGAUGCUGUAAUACUACUCAACAGAGAGCCUUGCUGUUCCUUGCUGCAACUGUGAUUGAUAUAGCAUUUCAAAAACACAAGAAACAUCCACCUGUAAGCUAUGAGUCUACAUUCUCCAUCCAUCCAUUAUACUAUAUCCUAUACACCGCUCAAUCCUGAUUAGGGUUGCAGAUGGGGGCUGGAGUCUAUCCCAGUUGACUUAAGGUAAAGGCAGGGGACACCUGGUCAGGUCACAGGGCUACACAUACAGACAAACAAUCACACUCACAUUCACACCUAUGAUGAUUUCGAGUUACCUAUUAACCUCAGCAUGUUUUUGGACUGUGGGAGGAAUCUGGAGAACCCAGAGAAAACCCACGUAUGCACAAAGAGAACAUGCAAACUCCACGCAAAAAGAUCCCAGGAAGGCCAGCACAUGAAUCGGGGAUCUUGUAGCUGUAAGACGAAAGUGCCAACCACCACCACUGUACAGUCCCAGUCUACGUUCUUGUAGAAGGGAAUUCAUUGUCAUCGCUUGAAUUCAGUGCCACAACACCAAACAUCACUGUAUGUAUACGAAGGUCCAUUCCAUGUGAGGAGACUGAUUAAAAUAAACACAUUAGGUGGGUUGGUGAGUAUUUCCAGCAGCCAGAUGGUAUAUGUAGAACUGGCUCAAAACUAAAAUGGCAGUGUCUGUGGUAAUGUGGGAAUAUGUUAUCUUGAACAAUCGUUGUGGCUCAUAGUUGAGAAGGAUCAGUCCAUUGCUGGUUUUCGGUCUUUUAAUUUGUUGUCAUUAGGGCGUUUUCCACUCUAGGAAUUUUUACAUGUUCAAUAUCCUCUCAAACAUCGCCAUCAAAAGUGUAAAUUUCAGUUUUAGUGUGUAGCGGAAAGUCACUUCAGAAGAAAUAUAUGAAGUCAGUCUUUAAAUGGGAGAGGACAGCUUUGAUGUCGAAAAAUUAUUAAAACGAAUCUCCUUGUAGUCUUGAUUAUUCACAUGUGCCAACAAGAGAUUUGCUACAUUUCAACACACAGGAUGAAAAUGCAUUGAGACAGUCUCUCUUAAUGAUGUACAUGCAGAGUAAUUAAAUGAGUGAAAGGUGCACAACAAAACCACCCAUCAUGAGAGUUGUAAAUAUAUAGGUCUUAUCCAAAUACUUCCUACAAGUCUGUGCCUUUCGCGUGACAAUAGCACUCAUCUGAAGAAAACACCAUGUUGAGAGUGUAAAACUGAGACACAUACUGUGGUCGUUCCUCAAAACUUGGCUUCAGACUUAUGACUCCAAACAAUAUUCUAGUGAAACGGGACAGCAAAGGACUCUCAGGCAGAACCAGAUGGGAGCUUAAAGAACUGUUGUUAAGCCAGACUGAGUACCGGAAAAGAGAGCUGCACACAAAUCCCACUCCCAAAUGACUUACUUGGAAAAAAUCCUUGCAGGACUGCAAACACAGAACAGUCCGAGCAGACAGGAAAGCAGAAAGAAAAGGCUCUCAGUAGCAUUACACACAGUAGAGAUGGAACGACUCGAUAAAAGAUUAUGUGUUGGAUUUGAUGGUGAUCCUUCAUGCAUU